GCAAGUUCCUCUCGACAACCAUUGGAGUGCUCGUCGUCUCUCAGAGCAUCUGUAGUUUCUCCUGUCACCGGAACACUCAACCAAGCCGCUGUUUGAGUUGCUGGAAACAUGCCCCUCGGAGAUUCAGUUUAAAGGAAACUCGGUGGCAUUAGUCUCCUUAAAACCAGCUUUUCGGCGCGCCGACUGUCGACGCUUCAUCAUGUUGUCCCGGUUAAGGAGCAGCUUUUCCUUGAGGCCCGCCUUCGUGCCUGCCUGCAGAUGGGCACACACCAAAGAGAAGGGCAAACCGUUAAUGCUCAACCCCCGCACCAACAAAGGAAUGGCCUUUUCUUUACAGGAGCGACAGAUAUUGGGCUUGCACGGCCUGCUGCCUCCUAAAGUUGAAACCCAAGAUCUUCAGGCCAUGCGCUUCCAAAACAAUCUCAAGAAAAUGACGGAUCCCCUUCAAAAGUACAUUUACCUGAUGGGCAUCCAAGAGAGAAACGAGAGGCUCUUCUACAGAGUGCUGAUGGAAGACAUUGAGGAGCUGAUGCCCAUCGUCUACACGCCCACUGUCGGCCUGGCCUGCACACACUACGGACACAUCUUUCGACGACCGAAGGGCUUGUUCAUCUCCAUUCUGGAUAGAGGACACAUCCGCUCCAUUUUGGACAACUGGCCAGAGACCAAUGUGGCCGCAGUCGUCGUGACUGACGGCGAGCGUAUUUUAGGCCUGGGGGACCUGGGCGUUUAUGGCAUGGGAAUCCCUGUUGGCAAACUCUGCCUGUACACGGCAUGCGCCGGCAUCAGACCUGAAAGGUGCCUGCCCGUCGUGAUUGACGUCGGCACAAACAACGAGACUCUCCUCAAGGAUCCGCUCUACAUGGGCCUGUACCAGAGGAGAGACCGUUCUCAGGUUUAUGAUGACCUCAUCGAUGAGUUCAUGGAGGCCGUGGUGGACAAAUAUGGGCAGGACACGCUGAUCCAGUUUGAGGAUUUUGGGAACCACAACGCCUUUCGCUUCCUCAGGAAGUACAGGGAGAAGUACUGCACCUUCAAUGAUGAUAUCCAAGGCACUGCAGCUGUGGCCCUUGCUGGUCUGCUUGCAGCUCAGAGGGCUACUGGAAAGCCAAUCACAAAACAUCGAGUGCUUUUCCUCGGAGCCGGAGAGGCUGCUCUCGGCAUUGCAAACCUAAUUGUCAUGGCCAUGAUGGAGUCGGGCAUGUCGCAGGCGGACGCCAGGGAGAGGAUCUGGAUGUUCGACAAAGAUGGCUUACUCGUAAAGGGAAGGUUUCAAGCAACGGACGGCAACCAGGAAGAAUUUGUUCACGAGAGUCCCGGUGACGUUCACAGCUUUUUGGAUGCCGUCAACACCAUCAGACCGACGGCUAUCAUUGGUGUGGCGGGAGCCGGUCGACUGUUCAGCCAUGAUGUCAUCAAGGCCAUGGGCGCCAUGAAUGAGCGGCCCAUCAUCUUCGCCCUGAGCAACCCCACCGCCAAAGCAGAGUGCACCGCCGAGGACGCCUACACCCUGACGGAUGGUAGAUGUCUUUUUGCCAGCGGUAGCCCAUUUGGUCCAGUGACUCUGAGCGAUGGACGAGUUAUCACCCCCGGACAAGGCAACAACGCUUACAUCUUUCCAGGUGUGGCUCUGGCUGUCAUCCUGAGCGGAGUGCGCCACAUCAAGGACACGGUGUUCUUGGAGGCUGCCAAGACGCUGGCAGACCAGCUGACUGACAAAGAGCUGCAAGAAGGCCGACUGUACCCGCCUCUGUCCAACAUCCGAGAAGUGUCUCUGCAGAUGGCUGUCAAGGUGGUGGAAUACGUGUAUGCCAAAGGCAUGGCGUUUCGCUACCCAGAGCCGGUGGACAAGAAUGCCUUUGUGCACGCCACUGUGUGGAACACCAACUAUGACUCCUUCCUGCCCGACACCUACGAGUGGCCUGGGGUCAGCUUCAGCCCCGAUUCGAGUAACUAGUAGUACUGUCACUCCUUCUUUAGUGACCUUGUGCACUUAAUUCAUUAUAAUCACACUGAAGAGGACAACUGAGCACUUAUUAUUUUAAGUUACAGCUGCCAUGCGGCAGCACGGGUAUUUUACUUUGGUAUCGCCACUGUUCUCUCUUGCCUUUGUAGCCAAUACAUUUAACACUUGCACCCUCUAGUGGUGCAAAAGGGCAUCAGACUCUAUAGUUGAAGUGCUGAAAGCUUAAAGAUGCACAAGCUUAUCCAACAAUUAAUUGAACUCAUGAAUUAAGAUUAAUCAGGGCACACACAUCCUUAACAGAGUAGUUGAUUUCUAAAAUCGAGCAGACACUUCACAGGAUGAGGGAAAAAAACCCUCCUGUCGUCUAAGGUGUACUUGAGAUGACUAACACAAAAUGAUUUGCGACUGUAAGCAACAAACAAUUUUAACAUUUACGAUUUCAACUCUGAUCAUUUUUUGAGCACAGUGGGGAAGGAACAAUAAAUCUUAACAGAUGUUCGACGUUACGCCUGUACCCCACUGUAGUUAAUCCGAACUUUAUAGCAAAUAAUCCUGCGUGAGUUAAAAUGUCUUUCUUUGCACAUGAAAUCAUGUAAAAAAGUUUAAUCUUUUUUUUUUUCAAAAAGCACUCCACGUAGAAAAAAAAUAAU